AUGGGCCAAGGAUUGGAAGGACAGCUUGAUAGCAAACAUUGGAUAAUACAGCGAAUGCAUUUUGACCAAUGGUUUAAACCCAGCUACAUUCGACAAUUUGCAUCUGAAUUCAAUGUGUUUGCCGACCGUUACACAGAAUACCUGGAAACCUCUGCGAACGGCAAGACGGAAAUACACUUGUUGCAUUCGUUAAACAAACUGUCGAUGCAUUUGUUGUACAAGGUUGCAUUCAGUGUAGAUUUAGGAUCAUUACAUGGCAAGAACCACCCCUUUGUUACAAAAAUGAAGACAGCUUUGUCAGGAUUUUCGGCUCUCCUGGCAAACCCUUUGGUAGUUGUACGUGAGAAUCCGUUCAAAUGGGGAUUUCGCCGGGAAGUACGGGGAGCUAUCAAUUUCAUCAGAGGUAGUGCAAAACAAAUGAUGAUCGAAAGAAAAGUUGCAAAAAGUAACGGCGACUAUUUUCCCCACGAUCUCUUGGAAUACAUUAUGGAACUAAAAGAAAAGUACCCAUCAAUAAUAACGGACGAAAUAUUGUUGGACAAUUUCUUGACUUUCUUAUUAGCAGGACAGGAAACAUCCGCCAACACAAUGAGUUUCAUGCUUUUCCUUCUUGGACAGAACCCAGAAUGUUACAGGAAGCUACAAAAGGAGGUUGAUGAGAACGUUGGUGCAGUGUCAGUGAUCAGUCUGAAUGAGAUUGAGAAGUUACCUUACCUGGACAUGGUGUUGAAGGAAACACUCCGCCUUUAUCCCAUUGCUAAGACAACCAUUCGCGAGACAGCCAGUGACUACAAUCUCGGCGGUCACCUCCUUCCUGCCGGUACAGACAUGUUGGUAUGCAGAACUUUGUAUACAAUUAAACAAUAUCACAAUAUAUAUUUAAAGAACAUCAUAAAUCGUCAACAGAAAGGUAUCAAUCGUAUAUACAGUGUGACAACAUAAUCAAAUAGUUUUUACUUUUGAUUUAUUAAAUGACUUAUUCACGCAAGAUUUAAAUAAAAAAACGGGAAGAUUUUCGUCGUUAUAAAAUGAUAAAAAACGAAAAACAAAUCCUUUUUAUCAUAUCACCAAGGUCUGAUGUAAAUAUCUAUAAAACACAAGAUUUCUCUGACCAAUGUCCUGUCUUAAAUGUCGUUAUAUGCUUUUGUUUUAAAUAUUGUAUAUGUAACAUCAUCCUUACAAAAGAGUAAUCGGUAACAAGUAUAUGAGGUUUAUACUAAUAUACAUAUUAUGGAAUAAAUACUGUCUGGUGUAGCCAAAAGUUUUGAAUCUGUGAUAUCAUAAAUAGUUUUACAUUUCAUUUCCAAUUUCUCUAUUCAUUAACACAUGUUUUGGAACAUUAUUAAAAUGAAAUUUUACUCUUUUGACCUUAAAUAGGUACUCUUUAGUCCAUUAUUGACGAAAUUACCAGAUGCUUCAGUAAAAGUCCAAUUUAUUGCCGAAUUUUGCCGAAUUCCGCUAUUUUGUUUUUAAAAUUCUUGUAAUUGUUUUAACAUACACAGGAAUCUAUUUCAGAGGCCUGUUUCCUUUUAGAAUUACACGAAACAAAACGAGAUUUGGACGCGAUUUGAACACUAGAAGAAUACAUCCUUUAAUACACCGAUGCCCAUAUGAUAAUAAUAAUAGGAUAUGUAAGAUUCACUACUCUUUCAGUCAAAGAAGGCUUAUUAUUCAGAAAGAAUCGAAGAAUGCGGUAAAGAUAAUAGACAGCUUUUUAGACUCACCAAAAACCUAAUGGGAUAGAAAGGUGAGAUUAUCCUAC